AGCUGUUCUCUGAUACAGGACCUUACCUGUUCCUCGGUCCAGCGCUGUACAGUCUUCUGCGCCAGCAUCUGCCCGCAGUCUCUUGGUCAUCCCCUGUACUGUCUGCAGUCUCUUGGUCAUCCCCUGUACUGUCUGCAGUCUCUUGGUCAUCCCCUGUACUGUUUGCAGUCCCUGGUCAUCCCCUGUACUGUGUCCGCAGUCUCUGGUCAUCCCCUGUACUGUGUCCACAGUCUCUGGUCAUCUCCUGUACUGUGUCCGCAGUCUCUGGUCAUCCCCUGUACUGUGUCCGCAGUCUCUGGUCAUCCCCUGUACUGUGUCCGCAGUCUCUGGUCAUCCCCUGUACUGUGUCCGCAGUCUCUGGUCAUCUCCUGUACUGUGUCCGCAGUCUCUGAUCAUCUCCUGCACUGUGUCCGCAGUCUCUGGUCAUCUCCUGCACUGUGUCCGCAGUCUCUGGUCAUCUCCUGCACUGUGUCCGCAGUCUCUGGUCAUCUCCUGCACUGUGUCCGCAGUCUCUGGUCAUCUCCUGCACUGUGUCCGCAGUCUCUGGUCAUCUCC